CAGCUAUAUAUUUCUCCGCCAGUCCCGGUUGUGUUUCUGGUGGCCCCUACGGCUCGCCUCCAUUCUGCCCAACACAGGCGCGGGGAAAAAAAGCGUGUAACUCGCCAAACCCAACUCCGGGUGAAAAAAGUAACAAUACUGGCAAGAUCAGACACACAGAAUUGGUGAAAGAUGGCUGGCGGCGGCGGCUCCGGCACGGCGUUUUACGAUGCCGCGCUUCAAAAGCGCCAGGCGAUGAUGGGGGCGAGCGGCGCCCGGGCUCUGCUCAAGAACUUUAGGGUCUUCCGCAUCGCCGCCUUUGCCUGCAUCGGCGGUGUCCUCUACGGCUACAACCAGGGCAUGUUCUCGGGGGUCCUGGCCAUGCCUUCGUUCCAGGCUCAUAUGGGCGAGUGGGACCCGGUCGACCCGAACGCAGACCAGUCGAAGAAGGGAUGGCUCACGGCCAUCCUGGAGCUCGGUGCCUGGAUCGGUACCCUUCUGUCUAGCUUCAUGGCCGAGAUCUUGUCCCGAAAGCACAGCGUCCUGGUUGCCACGGCCGUCUUCAUCCUCGGUGUUAUAAUCCAGGCCACCGCGGUCCAGGCCGGACACGAGGUUAUUCUGGCUGGACGGUUUAUCACGGGUAUGGGCGUCGGAAGCUUGGCCAUGAUCAUUCCCAUCUACAACUCCGAGGUCGCUCCCCCCGAGGUCCGCGGCGCGCUGGUUGCCACGCAGCAGCUUUCCAUCUGCUUCGGCAUCAUGGUCAGCUUCUGGAUUGACUACGGCACCAACUUCAUCGGAGGCACCGAGCUCGGCCAUCAACAAGACGCCGCCUGGCUGACCCCCACGACGCUCCAGCUCGCGCCGGCCGUGGUCCUCUUCGUCGGCAUGAUCUUCAUGCCCUUCUCCCCGCGCUGGCUCGUGCACCACGGGCGCGAGGAGGAGGCGCGCAAGGUGCUCUCGCACCUGCGCGAGCUGCCGUCGGACCACGAGCUCGUGGAGCUCGAGUUCCUCGAGAUCAAGGCGCAGUCGCUGUUCGAGAAGCGCACCAUCGCCGAGCACUUCCCGCACCUGUCGGAGCCGACGGCGUGGAACACGUGGAAGAUCCAGUGGGUCGCCAUCGGCAAGCUGUUCCAGAGCCGGGCCAUGUUCAAGCGCGUCAUCGUCGCGACCGUCACCAUGUUCUUCCAGCAGUGGACGGGCAUCAACGCGGUGCUGUACUACGCGCCCACCAUCUUCAACCAGCUCGGGCUCGACAGCACCACCAUCUCGCUGCUCGCCACGGGCGUCGUCGGCAUCGUCAUGCUGCUCGCCACCAUACCCGCCGUGCUCUGGAUCGACCGCGUGGGGCGCAAGCCCGUGCUCACCGUGGGCGCCAUCGGGAUGGGGACGUGCCACAUCAUCAUCGCCAUCAUCCUCGCCAAGAACAUCGGCCGCUUCUCGGAGCAGGUCGCGGCCGGGUGGGCUGCGGUGGUCAUGGUCUGGCUAUUUGUCAUUCACUUUGGGUAUUCUUGGGGUCCAUGCGCCUGGAUCAUCAUCGCCGAGAUCUGGCCCCUGAGCUCCCGGCCAUAUGGCGUGGCGCUGGGGGCUUCGAGCAACUGGAUGAACAACUUCAUUGUCGGCCAGGUGACUCCUAUCAUGCUGCAAAGCAUCACGUACGGCACAUAUCUGAUUUUUGGCAUCCUGACAUUCAUGGGCGCUGGAUUCAUCUGGUUCUUCGUGCCCGAGACAAAGCGGCUCACGCUCGAGGAGAUGGACAUCAUCUUCGGUUCUCAAGGAACGGCCCAGGCCGACAUUGAGCGCAUGGACGAAAUCAACCGCGAGAUUGGUCUCACGGCCCUCCUCCAGGGAGAGACGGGUGCCGGCAGCAGCGACCACGGUGUGGACGUCAAGGAAAAGAUGGAGAAGACCGAGGCUCGGGUCUAGAGGGAGCCCAUAUGGGGGGUGUGCGAUCCUGGGUGCUGGUGUCUUGAGAUUUGCUGUGAGAAUACUUGGAGUUGGGUGAUGGCCGAACUAUUCCUGUAUCCCCAAAAUCUAACCACCCAUCUUCGAGAUGGCUUUGGUGUCAUUCAUCCAUCGCAUGCGGCUGUCUCGCGACCAGGACAGGAUGAG